AACAAAUAUUUAUCUCAGGAUUUAGAUCUGGAAGAGAACUAAGUGGUCAUCUAGCCAAACCCCACCCACUCCCAUUUUAUAAGUCAAAGAAACUGAGUCCCAGAGAGUUUACUUGCUCAAGGUCACAGAAGUAGGAAAGAGCCAGAAUCCAAAUCAAGAUCUUCUAACUGUAAAGUCUAGGCUAUCUUUUUGCUUUGUGUCAUGCUAUUUCUUCUGAGAUAGUUGCUAUAUACAGGGAGGUGUUGUUAGAGUUUUUUUUGGGGAAAUACCUAGAUGAAUAAAGUACAUAGCUUUACCUUCAAGGAACUUAUGUUCUAGGGGUAGAAAUAAAAUGCUUACAGCAAACAAUUUUUAAUAAAAGGGCAAUAUUCUCCUUUUUAAUAAAGUUGCUUAUUCAAAUGGCAUAGGGCCUAAUGAAUGAGUAAAGCAUAAAUCCUAUGAAAUUGGACUUACCUAACCAUCAUCAGGUUGGUCUAAAAACAUGACAAAGGGAAGUCUCUGGCUCUUGAUUUGUCCCUGUAUUUAUGGAGUCCAUAUUUCACCCUCUCCUGUGGUGGAGGCAUCACACUGCAUUCUAAAAAGAAGUCAUUUGAAUGUAUUUACUACAUGUACAUUUAUAGUUUCGGGUUUCACAGAAGGGAAAAACCAUCAAGUCUUUAUCAGUCACAUUCAGAAUAAAAGGAAUGGACAAAGGUAGGAAUAGGUCUUUAGAUAGUUUAACCAAUGACAGGGUGGCAUGCAAAUCAGUGAAAUCAACUUAGUAGAAUAAUUGGCUAGCAUACUUCUGAUGUCAUAAUUCUACUACUUAAUAAUGGAUUGAUUAUAUAGAGAGCAGGUGUGUGAGUUUAUGCUUCCACUUGAAUAGCCCUUUAAAGAGGAGCUGUCCAGUGGUAUUUGGAAAGUCCAAAAGAAGAUAGGAGAAUCAUCAGAGGGAUGGGGAUAGUGCCUGUGAGUACAUGUAGACAACAACUUUGAGCCUUGAGAUUGUGUGCACUCCCCAAUUUGCAACUUUGCUUUUCCAGGUACCUUAAGUCCAUUCAAGAGCCCAGAUGAGGGCAUGAGAAGAGAGACUGAUUUACUGGAAGUCCCACAAUAAGCACCCAAGUAAGGAUUUGGACUCGGGGCUUCCUGAAUCCAGCACUCUGUCCACCGCUUCACCUAGCAGCUUAUACCUAGCUAGUACAAUGGACUCCAGAGGGAAAACUUCCGAACCAUAAGAACUAAACAAAAGUGAAAUUGGUUUUGUUGGAAUAGUAUGAGUUCCCCUCAAUGAAGGCCUUUUCCAUAGAGACAAAACUUGCCUCUACAUCUGACUUCUUCCCUCCAAGGGGGCCAAUCACAGCUUCCAAAUUGCCUAGCACUGCCCAGGGGAGCAGUGUCUGUGGGAUCCACCUCUCAUCCUCUGAGGGUGUAAAUUCUUAUCAAAGGAUUCACAAGUUUCUGGAGUUGUCACCCAUUUUAAAACCAUCAUGCAGACAUCAGAGACUGGGUCGGACACAGGUUCGACAGUGACUUUACAGACAUCUGUGGCUGGCCAAGCAGCAGUGCCCACUCAAGUAGUGCAGCAAGUACCUGUACAGCAGCAGGUACAGCAAGUACAGACUGUACAACAGGUACAACAUGUCUACCCAGCUCAGGUGCAGUAUGUGGAGGGAAGUGAUACCGUCUACACAAAUGGAGCAAUCCGAACAACAACUUAUCCUUACACAGAAACCCAGAUGUACAGCCAAAACACUGGAGGAAAUUACUUUGAUACCCAAGGAAGUUCUGCACAGGUGACUACAGUGGUCUCAUCUCAUAGUAUGGUGGGCACUGGAGGGAUUCAGAUGGGUGUUACAGGAGGACAACUUAUUAGCAGCUCUGGAGGAACCUAUCUGAUUGGCAAUUCAAUGGAAAAUUCUGGUCAUUCUGUGACGCACACAACUCGGGCCUCCCCAGCAACGAUUGAAAUGGCGAUUGAGACGCUGCAAAAGUCUGACGGUCUGUCCACUCACAGAAGCUCUCUUCUCAACAGCCAUCUCCAGUGGCUGUUGGACAAUUAUGAAACAGCAGAAGGUGUGAGCCUCCCUAGAAGUACCCUUUACAACCAUUACCUACGACACUGUCAGGAACACAAACUGGACCCAGUCAAUGCUGCCUCCUUUGGAAAACUCAUAAGGUCAAUUUUCAUGGGGCUACGAACCAGGAGAUUGGGAACUAGAGGGAACUCCAAGUACCAUUACUAUGGGAUUCGUGUCAAGCCAGAUUCCCCUCUUAAUCGACUACAAGAGGACAUGCAAUAUAUGGCUAUGAGACAACAACCCAUGCAACAGAAACAAAGGUACAAGCCUAUGCAGAAAGUGGAUGGGGUUGCAGAUGGUUUCACAGGAAGUGGUCAACAGACUGGCACAUCUGUUGAGCAAACUGUAAUUGCCCAAAGUCAGCAUCAUCAACAGUUUUUAGAUGCAUCUAGAGCACUUCCAGAGUUUGGAGAAGUUGAAAUAUCUUCUCUACCAGAUGGUACUACCUUUGAGGAUAUCAAAUCACUGCAGAGUCUUUAUCGAGAGCACUGUGAGGCAAUAUUGGAUGUUGUUGUGAAUCUUCAGUUUAGCCUGAUAGAAAAAUUGUGGCAAACUUUCUGGCGUUAUUCUCCCUCCACUCCAGCUGAUGGCACUACCAUUACUGAAUCCAGCAAUCUGAGUGAAAUAGAAAGCCGACUUCCGAAAGCAAAGCUGAUAACUCUGUGCAAAAAUGAGUCUAUUCUGAAAUGGAUGUGUAACUGUGACCAUGGGAUGUACCAGGCUUUGGUGGAGAUUCUCAUUCCCGACGUCCUUAGACCUAUUCCUAGUGCCUUGACCCAAGCCAUUCGCAAUUUUGCAAAAAGCCUUGAAGGUUGGCUUUCCAAUGCCAUGAACAAUAUUCCACAGAGAAUGAUACAAACCAAGGUUGCCGCUGUAAGUGCCUUUGCCCAGACUCUGCGAAGAUACACAUCGCUCAAUCACUUGGCUCAGGCAGCUCGCGCCGUACUCCAGAACACUUCUCAAAUCAACCAGAUGCUCAAUGACCUCAACCGUGUUGAUUUUGCCAAUGUCCAGGAGCAGGCUUCCUGGGUGUGCCAGUGUGAUGACAACAUGGUUCAGAGACUGGAAACAGACUUCAAGAUGACUCUUCAGCAACAGAGCACCUUGGAGCAGUGGGCUGCCUGGCUCGAUAACGUAAUGAUGCAAGCACUAAAACCAUAUGAAGGGAGGCCCAGUUUUCCUAAAGCUGCGCGGCAAUUUCUGCUAAAAUGGUCUUUCUACAGUUCAAUGGUUAUUCGGGAUCUCACCUUGCGCAGUGCUGCUAGCUUUGGCUCAUUCCACCUGAUCCGUCUGCUCUACGAUGAGUAUAUGUUUUACUUAGUAGAACAUCGUGUUGCUCAGGCAACGGGAGAGACACCUAUAGCAGUCAUGGGCGAGUUUGGUGAUUUAAAUGCUGUAUCCCCUGGAAAUAUGGAUAAAGACGAAGGCAGUGAAGUUGAAAGCGAAAUAGAUGAAGAACUGGAUGAUUCUGCAGAGCCUCAAGCCAAAAGGGAGAAAACAGAGCUGAACCAGGCAUUUCAGGUGGGCUGCCUACAGCCAGUCCUCGAGAGUGGGGUACAGCAGAACCUUCUGAAUCCCAUUCACAACGAGCACAUUGUCACAAGUACUCAGACUAUCAGACAGUGCAGCGCCACUGGAAACACCUAUACUGCAGUCUAACAAAUAUUAAAGCUUAUUUUUCCAGAUUCUAUUUAACCCUGGUGAUGUUGGGCUUACGUUGACAAAAGAAUAAGCCUGAAGGUCGACUGUUGUCAAAUUCUAUCUGUGCUGAACAUUACCUUUUUUCGGAGUUGUGAAAUGGAAUGGGUGUAUGUAUUUUUGCCAGGUCUGUUUAAUUUUUUUGUAAACAAAUCAUUUGCCUCUCAAUAUGAAGAGUUUUCUUAGUUUCAGGUGUCAAGAAGGAUUUUUGCAAAGCUUAAUGUCAAUGUUUUUGUCUUCUUAUAAUUAAAAAGUAAUUUACAUUUU